ACUGAGUCACUGUUCUUGCUGAGUUAAACCCUCACAGUGUCACUCACAGUCAGCUGUCAGUCUGCAGCCUCCCACGUGGUGCUGAACAGGGCGGGCGCAUCUCAACCAGUUCAACGUGCAAACUUUUAGGGAGGCAAAAACAAUCGGACUCAUUGGUAGUUUGCACUUGCACAUGCAUGUCGGAAACUCCCCAACAGGAAAACAAGGACCUGCAAGUUUCAGAAGGGCGCCUCUUUCUCUUCUCUUCUCUUCUCUGGUUGGCAUCCAGAUCGCUCCCAUCUGUGUCUGCUGCUGCAGCUGCCUCUUGUUCCAACACUACGUUAAGACUUUGAACCGUGAGCCCAGUGUAGGUUGAGGGUUGUGCAUGAGUUAAAGUGCGCUGCUUAGUCUGAUUAGAGUUUGGCAGGGCUACAUCAAGACAUUUUUUCUGUGCAUCAAGAGGACUUCUGCAGGAUUUCAGCAUGGAUACAUGCAGCGACUCUAUGGGGGAAAGUAAGCCCAAGUCCUUGUUCCAGCGGUGUCUUCCAGGUCUCCCCAUCACCAUCACCAUCACCAUCUCUCUGUGCAUGCUGAUGUCCCUGAGCUCCAUCACCGUGUGUCUUCUGAUGAGCCUCAGGACCUUCCAGCUGGAGAGCCGGCUGCAGAUGGAGAUGGACAAAGCGUCCGUCUUCCAGCCGCCGCACGGGGCUUGUCUUAACGAGGAUGGGACCCUAAUCCCGGAGCUGAGCACCUCAAUAGGGAGGCUCGUUGAAGAGAAAGUGGUGGUGCUGUUGCCAAAAUUGCGGACAGCAAGGGAUGUCGGCCAAGAGUGUUCCUGCCCUCCAGGGCCUCCAGGAAAGCGUGGAAGGAUGGGAAGAAGAGGGGAACCUGGACCGCCUGGCAAGGCUGGACGGGAUGGAUACCCGGGUCCUCUUGGCAUGGAUGGGAAACCAGGUUAUCCAGGUCCCAAGGGAAGCCAGGGACCAGCUGGACCCAAGGGAGAAAAGGGUGACCAAGGAGACGUCGGGGCAAGGAUGGUCUUCCCCAGAUAUGACCAUGGCUUUCUCUCUGGAGAUCAGUCCGGUAGCUUUCAGAGACGCUUUCUGAAGGGUGACCAGGGCCAGGCUGGAGCCGCUGGUCCUCCGGGUCCUCCAGGUCCCCCCGGGCCCCGAGGCCCCCCUGGGAACACGGGCAAGGACGGGCCACGUGGCCCUGCUGGCGAAUCGGGUUUUCCCGGUCGUGAUGGCGUCGACGGGUCACAAGGAUUACCUGGGAAGCCGGGAGAAAACGGUGAGCCCGGCUAUCCCGGCCAACAGGGUCCUGCGGGAGAGAAGGGCGAGUCAGGAGCGGGAGAAAAAGGAGAGAGAGGCAUGGAUGGACUCCCAGGAUUAAAGGGAGACAAAGGGGAAAUCGGAGAGCAAGGAGCACAGGGAUCCACGGGUUAUCCUGGAGAAAAAGGCGCCACAGGCUCCUCGGACAUCAUCGACUUCAAUGGGAAGCUUCUAGAUGCUUUCCAGGCCAUCGACACCAUCAGUGUUUCGGGCCCACCUGGACCACCUGGACCCCCGGGCCUUUCAGGGGAAAAGGGUGAGCUUGGUUUACCCGGGCCAGCAGGAGUCGAUGGGGAGGAGGGACCUAAAGGUGACGGGGGUGGGACGGGACCAGCUGGCGAGAGAGGAGAGAAGGGGGAGAUGGGGCUCUCUGGGCCGGCUGGUAUAGACGGAAACAAAGGAGAGAAAGGCAACUGCAGGAUGGACGACAACCUGGUCCAGAUGAUUUCCCAGCCAGGCCCACCUGGCCCACCAGGGGUUCCUGGGUCCCCUGGAUCCAUGGGGCUGCACGGUAUGCCUGGUCCGAAGGGUGAGCCUGGAUUCGGGAUGAAGGGAGAGAAGGGGGACUUUGGUUCUCCUGGAUCCAGAGGAUUAGACGGUGUCCAGGGCCCAGCUGGGUCUACAGGGUUAGUGGGUCUUCCAGGUGCGAAGGGAGAAAAGGGCAGACCAGGGGAGCCCGGACUAGAUGGUUUCCCGGGUCUGAUGGGAGAGAAGGGUGACCGAGGGGACAGAGGAGACAAGGGCGACAGGGGAACGGUGGGAAAGAGAGGUCUAAAGGGCCAGAAGGGAGAGCAGGGUCCUCCAGGCCUGGACCAGCCUUGUCCUGUGGGUUGUGAUCAGACUAAAGGUGUGUCUCAGGAGGCAGGGCUGUCUUCCCCUCCUCCACCUGCUCCUCUUCCUCCUUCCGGCCCCGAGGCCCCCUGUCCUGUGGGACAUGACGGGCUGCCCAUACCAGGCUGCUGGCACAAGUGAUGACUAACCAGCAGCAUGGAGUCUGUACAUAUUGAUAUGGUAUAUAUUGCAGUUGAAUACUACACCAACAACCCUUUUUUUCCUUUUUUUGUUUUCGUAAAACAUUUUAUAUAAUAUAUUGAGAAUUUUUUUUUUUUAACAAGGACAUUUUUGCGUCUACAGUAUUACAAAAAAACUUUUUUUAAACUCUAGAGAUCCAGCUAUGGGUUUUAUGGAAGAGAAGAAACUGAACAGGCAGUUGGACUCUUACUUUAAAGGACAGUCCAGAUGAACGUCUAGCGGCCUCACUAACAACGCCUGCCUGAUUGUAAUCAUGAACGCUGUGUGGAUAUAACGGUGUGACUCACGGACGCUUGGCUGGAUGGACAGAUCUCUUUGGGGAGUGGCAGAUGGAGGAAUGUGGGGUCAGUGCUCUCUUCUCCUCUCUCUCUUGUUUUUUUUAUAAGGAGGAAAUGGCGAGACAGAAGCUCAAACGCAAGCGUCUCUCUCAGCCCUGAAGGGACGCGGCGCCUGGUGGAGAAAGGACACGUAGACAGGCAGAGAGCACAACAAGGGGCAGACUGGCCUUUUAUGAAGCAGAGCGAGCCAUGUGAAGCCUCUCGGCGUCACACUGAACACUCAGAUCUCUCUCUCCAGGAGGGGGGCGACAGAGAAACCUGCAUUUCCACAUUCACCUGAGAAGAAAUGGACACACCUGCGGUUGGCUGAUGAUGAUGUUGUCAGAAUUAUUUGGGAGUCACUGACGUCACUGGCACAUAAGGAAGGAUUUACUGCAUAGAUACAUUGAACAAGGUGGUGGUGAUCUCUUGUAUGGCUCUUCUGUAAAGCUUUUCACUAAUUACAUGCAUGAUCAUGACAAGGCACAGCGUUGUUUAGCAUCCUGACAGCUUGUAUGAUUUGUGGUCCGUCAUUGAAAGCUCGAACGACAGUUGAUUCAUUUUCAUUUGCAAUAGAGAGCCGAAGUCCCGCCUCUUCCGGUGGAUCACCAUUGGAGCUUAUUUCAGAAAAAAAUAUGAGCGGUAGUCAACGGAGAGAGAUAAAUAUUUUUUUUAUCCCGUCUGAAUUGCACCAUGAAUCACAAAUAUGAUGUUUGUCAAUUUAAAGGUCCCAUAUUGU